AUGAAAUUCUCAUCAAUAAUCGCUGUAGGUUCAGCUUUAAUUUCAACUGCUUUUGCUCAAGAUGUUGGUUGUUUUGUUAACGGUAAUCAAGUUGCCGUUGUUGAUUUAGAUACUGGUUCAUGUCCAUUUACCAUUCCAGCAAAUUUACCAGUUCCAACUUUUAGAUUUGUUGAUGAAAAUGAUUAUACUGUUCAAUUCUAUUACUCAGUUUUUGACGCAAUUAGAUAUUUCACUGAUAUUGUCAAUGCUGGUAAUGUCAUUUCAAUUCCAGCUAAUUUAUUAUACAAUGGUCCAGCUUUACCAUUAUUCAGUGUUGCCGCUGAAGAAACCCCUGCUUCAAAUUCAACUGCUGCUUUAAGAAAAAGAUUUUUGAAGGAUACUCCAUUAAUUAAAAGAGAAACCGUUGAUGAAUUCGUCGCUGGGUUAAGAGAAUUAAAUGGUACUUUAAUUGAUUCAGGUUCAACUUUUGAAGUUAGAGAUCCAAUUGUUUCUGCAUCACCAAGUGUUUCUGCAUCACCAACUUUAACUAUUCAAACUACAACCAUUACCACAGUAACCACUUGUUCAACUGGAACUGGUUUAGCAACAAUUACAGCCGUUCCAUCAGUAGUUACAACCACCGUAAGUGGAGUUGAAACCGUUUACACAACAUGGUGUCCAAUCACAACUGAUUCAGAAGGUCAUACUUAUACUUUAGCUCCAGAACAUGGUCAAGGUGAAGUUACUUCAAAAGGUGGUGCUGGUCCAGCUACUGUUACAGAACAAGAAACUACAAUUAUUACAAUUACUUCAUGUCAUGAAGAUAAAUGCCAUCAAACUACUGUUCCAGCAACUAAAUCAUUAGGUACCACAACUGUUAGAGGUGUUGAAACUGUUUAUACUACUUGGUGUCCAGUUACAACCACUGAAGGUGAAGAGAAACCAGUUUCUACUCCAGCUGCUUCAAAACCUGCUUCAAGUGCUCCAGCUGCUUCAAGUGCUCCAGUUGCUGAACAAGUAACCACUGUUACUGUUACUAAACCAGUUUCAACUUCAGUUCAUUCACAAGGAACUGAAGCAUCAACUUCAAUUUUCUACACAACUGUUACUUCAAUUGUUUCAGCUGCGUCAGCUCCAGGUGCUUCAGCUCCAGCUGGUUCAGCUCCAGGUGCUUCAGCUCCAACCGUCGCAGCUCAAUCAGGAACUCCAGUAACUCAAUCUUCAGUUCCACAACCAACUGUUGCUGCUCAAUCACAACCACCAGCUUCAGCAGUUCCAUCAACUGCUGCUAUCAGUACCUAUGAAGGUAAUGCCGCUAAAUACGGUGCUAGUUUCUUAGCUGUUGCUUUAAUUCCAUUAGCUUUAAUCUAA